UUCCCAAAGUGUAUACAGUGCAUAGAUACACAUAACUCACAUUUCUUUAUGCUCUGUACGUGAACACCCGAGUCCAAUGAAAGAGUGUCCCUGUUUGUACAGCCUAUUUGGACCCUGCCUACUUAGAGCUUCCUGGUUAAGAGCCUCUUUUUAACUGUUCGCUCACGGCAAACCGAUCCAACAAGGAUCAGUCAUGGAUCUGUUGCAUCUUUACGAGUGGGUCGAUAUCAAGAGUAUUUUGAUAUUUUCCUGUGUGUUUUUGCUGUUGAGUGAUUAUGUCAGAAAUAAAGCGCCAAAGAACUUUCCACCUGGACCGUGGUCUUUACCGAUUAUAGGAGACCUUCAUCAUAUGGACAAUAGUAGGACGCAUCUUCAGUUCUCAGAGUUUGCAGAAAAAUAUGGCAAGAUUUUCAGCCUUAAAAUUCUUGGACCGAGAAUUGUUGUGUUGAAUGGAUAUAAACUUGUGAAGGAAGUGUAUUUGCAAGAAGGUGACAACCUUGCUGAUCGACCCAUGUUACCUUUAUUUUAUGAAAUCGUUGGAGACAAAGGUUUAGUUGCUGCCAGUGGGUAUAAAUGGAAGCAUCAGAGGAGAUUUGCUCUCUCAACUCUAAGGAACUUUGGACUGGGAAAGAAAAGCCUGGAGCCGUCCAUCAGUCUUGAAUGUACCUUUCUGAAUGAGGCUAUAUCUAAUGAACAAGGUCGACCUUUUGACCCUCGCUUCCUGCUGAACAACUCAGUAUCAAAUGUGAUUUGUGUGCUUGUGUUUGGUAAUCGAUUUGAAUACAGUGACGAUGACUUCCAGUCUCUGCUGAAGAACAUCAAUGAGGCUAUGUAUCUGGAAGGAGGCAUCUGUGCUCAACUUUAUAACAUGUUCCCGUGGCUCAUGCGGCGAGUGCCUGGAUCACACAAGAAAAUUUUUACUCUGUGGCAAGAGGUGAUUGACUUUGUUCGAGAGAAAGUGAAUGCACACAGAGUGGAUUAUGAUCCAUCAAAUCCUCGAGACUACAUUGACUGCUUCCUCGCUGAGAUGGAAAAACUUAAAGACGACACAUCCGCUGGGUUUGAUGUGGAGAACUUGUGCAUCUGUGCUCUGGAUCUGUUUGUAGCGGGAACUGAGACCACCUCCACCACUCUGUACUGGGGUCUUCUCUACAUGAUAAAAUAUCCUGAGAUACAGGCCAAAGUCCAGGAGGAGAUUGAUCGUGUUGUGGGAGGGUCACGGCAGCCAUCUUUAUCUGACAAGGACAACAUGCCCUACACCAACGCUGUUAUUCACGAGAUACAGAGAUUUGGAAAUAUUCUACCAAUAAAUGUGGUCCGGUCUACUGUGGAAGAUACUCAGAUAGGAACAUACUCUAUUCCAAAGGGAACAAUAGUGACCAGCAAUUUGACAUCAGUGCUGUUUGAUGAGUCUGAGUGGGAGACGCCUCACUCUUUUAACCCGGGUCACUUCCUGGAUGCUGAGAGCAAAUUCAGGAGAAGAGAUGCCUUUUUACCUUUUUCUUUAGGAAAGAGAGUGUGUCUUGGAGAGCAACUGGCACGGAUGGAGCUCUUCCUCUUUUUCUCCUCUCUGCUGCAGCGCUUCACUUUCUCUUCACCAGAUGGUGUGGAACCGAUUCUGGAUUUUAAACUGGGAGCCACUCUAUGUCCUCAAGCAUAUGAAUUAUGUGCAGUGCCACGUUAAAACAAGAACCCAAAACAUGUAGGUUUGGUUGCCAACAGGAUGAUGCAUUUAUUGGUUGGUUGAAGUUUUACUCGCUUGGUGGUUUUGUAUGAUACAAAAACAAAUUAACAAAUAAAUCUACUAGUAAAAGGAUUAUGAAUGGCAUAAAUGGUAAGAAAAAUAAAUCUAUUUUUUAAAAAAAGCUCAAAAUGUGACCUACUGUGAUAAACUACACUAAAUGCAAGUAAUAAAAAAAAAAAGAAAUUAUUUCAGUGUAAAUAAGGGAUCAGUAGGAAUUCAAUAUAACGCAUUACCAUCCUUUAAAGAGUAUUUCCUUUUUACAUAAUACUGGAGCCCUUGUGUUUUACCAUUUUAGAUGUGCUGAUACACAUAAGAUCAAUAAAGGCUUUAAACAACUCUUA